AUAUUUUUGUAUGUAGUGGACAUUAUUUAACUUUAAAUAAAAAUGACAUCAAUUAGAAUUAUUUUUGUAAUAUUAAACAUAUUAGUGUUAAUUCAUAUAGUAAAUAGUGAUCAUAAUAGUAGAAUCAUGUUUAUUACAAGGGAUCCCAAACAUCCAGCGUUUGAUCCAAAAAUAUACGAGGAAGCUUUAGAUUCUGAGCUGUGUACAAAACAAAUAGACUAUUUGAGUUUCAAUGAUACGCUUUUGAGGAUGACAUUUCUCGAAGCAGGCCUAAGAAUACCGAGAGGAAUUCUGCAAGGAAAUCUACUAGAUCUAGGAAAUUACCGCCAAUGCCUUGGUAUUAACACAGAAAUCGAUAAUAUGGUUAUUAAAGGAAAGUAUUGUCAAAUAAAUAUUGGAUUGUCAGAUCUUGUAAGCUUAGGCGGUGCAAAUGAGUUGGUAAACGUCAACAAAGCUGGUGAUACUUUAACAAAUGAAAUAAAUUUGUAUAAAAGACUACGAAAACAUGUAGAGGCGAUGUAUGGAGUAGAAAGAAAAGAAAUGUUAAGGACGGAUGCAGUUAAUUUGAAUGCUUUACGCUUUACAUUAUCCAUGUGUUUACCAAAACCUUGCACCACAAAAGAGGCAUUGUCAAAUCUCAUCGGAAUUAAGUUGGAAAAUUAUUGGGAACUCUCUUGUCGAUUCAAAAACGACAAACCCUGGGCACCAGGGGUUUAUGUCGCUAUUGUCAUCUUCAGUUUAUUUGGUGCAUUGGGCAUUCUUAGUACAACCUACGAUAUAUGGAAUGCGGUUAUUCGUAAACGAGAUCCCAAAUCUCUCAACACAAUUUGCCUAUCGUUCUCAGUGUACACAAAUUCUCGACGUCUCAUCACGUUUAAACCAGUUCGCGGUGCAAUAGAAUGUGUCGACGGUAUCAGAGCAAUAACUAUGCUUUGGAUUGUACUCGGGCACUUAAUUGCCUAUCCACCACCUCUUCUAAAUAAUUUGGAUUUGUUUCGGUGGAUUUUCUCAUUUAAUUCUAUAUGGAUGACUUCAGGCCAAGUCAGUGUGGACACUUUCUUUAUGCUUAGCGGUUUACUCAUCGUCUAUACUACUGUUGGAAAACUUAGCAACGUGAAACUAUUAAAGAAACUCCACCUAUUUUACCUUCAUCGCCUUCUGCGGAUGUUCCCGCUACUGGCCGCUACCAUACUGUUGCAUGUUGGUGUUAUACAUUACAUUCAUGACGGUCCUAAUUGGCUUACAGUAGCUGUUGUGACGCAACAGUGUAGGAUAAACUGGUGGUCAACAUUGCUUUAUGUACAUAAUUAUAUUCGACCAAUGUGCGUACCUCAAACGUGGUACUUAGCAAUUGAUAUGCAGCUACAUAUCCUGUCUCCGUUGAUUUUAUUCUGGGUAUUAUCAGGCAAAAAAAGGCUCGCCUGGUCGGCGUUGACUGCUGCGUUAUUAGUUUCUCUUACGGCAUCGUCGAUUUACGUCUUCCUAAAUAAUUUCACUGGUACUUAUAUAAGACCUACAUUGACUCGAGAACAGGAAAAUAAAUACUGGAGUUACUAUUACAACAAUACGUUAACAAGGUGCUCACCUUUCUUUGUCGGGAUGUGCUUUGGGUACUUGAUCCACUUUUGGCGAGAAAAGAAAAUUCGAUUAACAAGGGUCAUGAAAUGUAUAUUAUGGAUUUUUGACUUAGCUGUAUUAGGGUUGGCUUUCUACGCAACCGAGCCUAUGAAAAAUGCUGACUUUGAUAACCAAACUUAUGACAAUUUUGUAAAUUCCUUCAUGCGACCAAUGUGGGCUUUUGGACUUGGCUGGCUCAUUCUUGCUUGCGCUGAAGGUUACGGAGGCCCGAUCAACUGGUUCCUGUCACUGAAACUUUGGAAAUUACCGUCUCGGCUUUCGUAUGCGAUGUAUUUGUUGCAUUUUCCCAUACAAUUUGUUAUACACGGAGCAGCUACGCAACACGCUUACUUUUCUGUGUUAAAUUUUAUGUACAUGUUCUGCGGUCAAUUAGUUAUAAUUUUGAUUAUCAGCUUUGUUUUUACAAUUAUGGUGGAUUCUCCGUGUGCCAUUAUUUUCAAGGUGCUCUUAGGAGGCGGGUGCCGAGUGUCGAUGGCCAUUUUUACUCUUUCGUAUGAUGCCGCUACAUUUCUGCGCAUGUCUGACAGAGCUAUGCCAGCAAGUGGGUACAGCAAUCUUACCGGGCCUGAUCCCUCGACGCAUCCCGAUUCUGAGCUAACUGGACCCAAGCUUUAUCAUAGGUGUCCAGUUAGUUACGCCAUUGCUUCCUCGGUCUACCGCGGCGCUUUACGCUUUUGGGGCUCCACUGGGUGGUUACCUUGGCCCACAGGUCUUCAGGCGUGCGGCAGAUAUGACCAGCCCAACUCCAUUUCAGCUUCGCAGCUUUUUGGGCUACAUCAGCAAUCUGAGUUUUGGAGCGCAGUGUCGUGUUCCGAAUUCGCUCAGUCCGUUUCACACCAAUUAGUAGAAGCUCGCAUUUUGGUUACUACUGGAUUAAAUACGAUGUUGAUUAAAAUAUCUUUUGUUAUGUUUUGCACUCUAGUUUUCAUUGAAAUAGUAAAUAGUGAACAUGAUAAUAGAGCUGUGAUUAUUGACUGGGAUGCCACCCAUCCACCCUUUGAUCCAAAUAUAUACGAAGAAGUUUUAGAUCCUGAGCUAUGUGCCAGACAACUAGAAUAUUUGUCUUUGAACGAUACGCUGUUGAUGAUGACAUUUGUCGAGGCAGGCCCAAGAAUACCUAGAGGGAUUCUACAAUUCAAUCUUCUGGACCUAGGAAAUUACCGUCAGUGCCUUGGUAUUAAUAAAGAAGUCGAUGAUAUGCUUAUUGAUGGGAAGUAUUGUCAAAUAAGUAUUGGGUUAUCAGAUCUUGUAAAUUUUGGAGAUCCAACUGAACUGGAAAACGUAAAAAAGGCAGUUGGUCCUUUGAAGGAUGACAUAAAUUUAUAUGAAAGAAUGCGACAGAAUUUGGAAACACUGAACGGGAUAAAAAGUAAAGAAACUCCAAGAACGGAUGCAGUUAAUGUCGGUGAUAUACAAUUUAGAGUAGCGGUUUGCUUACCCAAGCCUUGCACCAUAAAACAGGCGUUGCCGAAUCUCUUUGGGACUCAGUUGGUAAAUUUUCAAGAACAAUUUUGUCGGUUCAAAAACGACAAACCCUGGGCACCGGGAGUUUAUGUGGCUAUUGUCGUCUUCAGUUUAAUUGGAUUACUGGCGAUUCUUAGUACAAGCUACGAUAUCUGGAAUACUCUUAUUCGUAAACGAGACCCCAAAUCUCUCAACACUAUUUGUCAGUCGUUCUCAGUGUACACAAAUUCUCGUCGUCUCAUCACAUAUAAACCAGUUCGCGGUACUUUAGAAUGUGUGGAUGGCAUCAGAGCAAUAUCUAUGGCUUGGAUUGUAAUUGGGCACACAUUUUCUACUUCGUCACCUGUUCUAAAUAACGCGGACAUUUUUCAGUGGGCUAUGUCACUUAGUUCAAUAUGGGUGACUACUGCCAUGAUUGGAGUUGAUACUUUCUUCAUGCUAAGUGGUUUGCUGAUCGUCUAUACUACUGUUGGAAAACUAAGCAACAUGAAACUAUUAAAGAACCUUCAUCUGUUUUAUCUCAGUCGACUAGUGCGAAUGUUACCACUACUAGCCACUGCCGUGUUGUUGCAAGUUGGUGUUUUACAUUAUAUUCAUGAUGGUCCACUAUGGAAUGUAGUAGCGAACUUGACUAGAGAAUGUAGGAUAAACUGGUGGUCAUCAUUGCUUUUUGUGCAAAAUUACAUUCUACCGACGUGUUUACCACAUUCCUGGUACUUAGCAAUUGAUAUGCAACUAUACAUUCUAUCUCCACUGAUUUUGUUCUGGGUAUUGUCAGGCAAAAAGAAACUCGCCUGGUCGGCUUUAAUUGCUGCGUUAUUAGUUUCUCUUACUGCGGCGUCAAUUUACAACUUCUUGAACAAUUUCAUUAGUUCUCCUGUACGACCUGAAGUGACCCAAGAAGAAGAUUGGAGAUUCUGGAGAUACUAUUACUACAAUACUUUAACGAGAUGUUCUCCUUUCUUUGUUGGCAUGCUUUUUGGAUACUUGAUCCAUUAUUGGCGAGAAAAGAACAUUCGAUUGUCAAGGAUCGUAAAUUAUAUAUUAUGGAUCGUCAAUUUAGCUGUGCUGUGGCUGGCAUUGUACGCGACCGAGCCAAUGAAAAAUGCUGGAUUUGAUAACAAAGUUUAUGAAAACUUUGUGAAUUCAUUCAUGCGACCAAUGUGGGCUCUUGGACUUGGCUGGCUUAUUCUUGCUUGCGCUGAAGGUUACGGAGGGCCGAUCAACUGGUUCCUGUCACUACGUAUGUGGAAAUUGCCGUCUCGGCUUUCGUACGCGAUAUAUUUGCUGCAUUUCCCCCUACAAUUCGUCAUAACUAGAGCUGCUUCACAACAUAUUUAUUUUUCAGUGGCGAAUUUUAUUUACAUAUUCUGUGGCCAAUUUGUUAUAUUUUUCAUAGUCGGCUUUAUCUUUACAAUUCUGGUGGAUUCUCCGUGUUCCACUAUGUUCAAAGUGCUUUCGGGAGGUGGUAUAAAAAAAUCGGAUUCAGAGCAACAAGGUGAAAAGGCAAACUAGUUAAAGAGCUUAAUACAAAUAGACUCAUCCGAAGAACAGAGUCCCAUGUGAUUGUGAAAAGAGAUAAGUACGUUACGAGAAUAAUUUCGUUAUUCAAACCAAGACCUACGUAAAGGUGUUUUGACAAUUUAUAUAUCUUAUUUCGUUUCGAAAGUAUAAAUUCGAACAACGGUCGAUCUGACAUUGACAGCGAAGAAGAACGAAUGAAAUGUUAUCUUUGUUUUACGGUUGAGUCCAACUAUAACAGCAACUUCAAAUUCUUUAAAAUAAAAAACUCAGUUACAAAUAGUAUUGUUUUUUAAUUCAAGUGAAGGGACGAAAAAGUCGUGCACCU